AUAGCCUGGUUGACGUCACCCGCGCUGGGUAUAUAAGAGCUCGGGUGUAACGGCUUGCUUCAGUCAGUCACAGUGACUGUUGCGUCAUAUAGCUUAGAACGAUCUUAUCAGCAGCGUCGGCGAGAUUUCAGUUUGGUUUGUCUUGCUUAAAAGCGACUGCAGAUCGGCUUGUUUUAGUAGAAAGGAUCGUCGGAUUUUACAUCUGUUGCUCGGCGCUUUCGCAAACAACAGAGUUUGGAAGCAUCAGCGAAGAUGAUCAAGAAGGGAUUUAGGCGUUUCAAUCGCGUCACCGAACAGCAAGUUCAUUCUGGUGAAGGUGAACUGGUCCCGCACCCACCAGCUAAUGGGACCUCCAGUAUGGAGCCUGCGGGCAGUGACCAUCUUCCCUCCAUCUUAAAUGAGGUGGACUGUGGGGAGAUCAUUAGCGGUGUCGCUGUCCCACACCCUCCACGUGGCAGAAGAGCUUUCUGCAAAAAAUUUCAGGAAGAGCAGAAGGACAACCAUUCUCCGUACCGGGAUACAAUCAACACCUGGUGCAGAAAGCUGCCACAUCACCUUAGCAUGUGUGAUGAGGUCCCGCACCCAUCAUCUUGCAAGAUGAAGCCUGCGGGCCUGAAAAUUCUUCCCCCCAUCUCGAAGAAGAUGGACCAGAGGAAGAUAAUUAGCGGUGUUGUGCAACCGAGGACAAAGGACUGUGAUACAGUCCGGGUGCCGCUGCCACCACCUAGCAGGAUCUCCAAGAUGGAGCCUGUGGCCCACAAAAUCCUUCCCCGUAUCUCAAAGGGGAAGAAAGCUGGGAACACAGGCUCCCAGCAAUCCACUGCUCUCCCCAUGACAAACCAAAACGGUGUCCCUGUCCCACACCCUCCAUCCGGCAGGAGUUUUCUCUGCAGGAAUUUUGGUAAAGAGCAGAAGGACAACGUUUCACCACACCGGGAUACGUUUUCCACCUGGUGCAAGAGACCGGUGCAACUGCCGGAUAUAUGGGGCACACAUGACUGCGAUGCAGAUUUGGACCCAACUGACGGGACCUCUGAGAUCGCAGAUGCUGAAGCCCCACAGCGAUCUUCUGAAUGGUUUGCUUUUUGCAAACAAUAUAAAGAAGAAAAGAAGGACAAGGCUUCUGUACAUCAGGAAACAUUCUCCUCCUGGUGUAGACAACUCCCGAAAGUGAGGAGAAAGGACGGCGUCACAGAUCCCAGUGACGUCAGAUUUUCGAGGUUGUCCAAACUUCCAGACUUGCCAGACAUACAGGUGGAAGAGGAUCAUGAGCAGGAAAUUGGUAAACUGUGGGGCAUCUUAUUGGGAGAUGUAAAAAGGAAGAAGGGUCGCAAGAAGAGCGCUGAAUCUCAGCACUACAGAGAUCCUGACUCCCCGCCAGAACAGGAGAACAAAGAAUCUGAAAUAUUUACCAGACGUCUGGCAGAGGGAUGUUGGGAUCUUCGGUGUAUACAGAGGAUUAUUUCCGAUGUUGAAGCUCUUCAGAGAGAAGAACCGAGUGAUUUACAUGUGAGCUCUCGGAAACCGAGCGAUUUACUUGUGAGCUCUCGGAAACCGAGGGAAUUACUUGUGAUCUCUCGGAUAUCGAGCGAUUUCUCUCGGAAGAACGGCAAUCAAUUGGAUGAUGUAGAUCAACGGUCAACAGCCUCUACAGACUCUUGGAUCACCUCAGAUAAUUGCAAGUUGCUGAGGAAACUUCACCACCUGCGGACACAUUUGCACUUCACAUUGAAAUCUUUCAUUGAUGAAAGAAAAAUGGCUCAGGAGAUGGACAAACUCGCUGUUCAUGCGGAUGUACACGCUGAACUAGAAUACGAGAGGAUCGAGAAGACUUUCGAAUUCUACGGAAAGUACAAAGACCUUUGUCUGAACCUCAUGCUUCCUGAGUGGCAUGAAAAGUUCCAUAUGGACCCAGAGGACCCGUUUCACUUCGAGAACCCUCAGGACUUGAUAGGCUGGAUGAAGUCCAUAGGAAUGUGCGAUCUUGUGGACGGCUGAGAUCUUCACAUCAGACUGUAAGUGAAAAGAAUCAAGACAGGGCAGGUAUUCCCGACAGGUACUCAGAUUUAUUUUACAUAUCAACCGACUUCGAAUUGUAAGAUAUAAGUGUUUUUUCUAGUUAGGGUGUUACUAGCCGUUAGUAGACUGUAUCAGAUGGUUAUGUGUUACUAAUGUGUUUUUUCUGGUUUCUAGUCAUUGCUGGGGUUUAUUAUUCUUUUAAUGAGGGUUGCUAUGGUAUUCUAGCUUAUUACUAGGUAGGAGUGGGCGGUACAUCUCAUUAUAUCUUUCUUAGAUUAAUUAAUUUAUUUGUUAAUUACAAUUCAAGAAAAUGGUCAUAGUUAAGGUUGUGAAAAUGCAUAGAAGAUUUCAGUUUAAGUUCUGGUAUAAUCAGUAAUUAUUACUUAAUAAUUAUUUAUUUUCACGCAUGAGUGUCUUCACAUAUCUGGACGUGUCAAACCGUAUGUCAAUAAUAGUGUUCACUGUUCACACCAAAAGGGAAUUAAAUUAUUUGCGCGAGUAGAUUACAUACAUAUUCAAUGCAAAGAUGAAAACCGAUGCAAAUUUGCGCUGGGCGAUGUGAAUGAUGCGAAUUGGGUGACCCGAUUGCCACAAAAUCUGCCUUAAUCGUGUCUUUCACACGAGUUGAAAGAUUUCUGGCUUGAAAUUAGUGCAAAGAGCUUAUUGACACUUACAGUAAAACCAAAAUUAUUCAGUUAUGAAAAAACAAGUUAUCAAAAUCUUGGAAAAAUAAGCAGGACACUCUGCUCUCAAACGCUUGGGUCGUGUCCGCUGUUGCCGCUGAAGCCACGCCCACUCGCGUCGUUCAACCUGAGUCUCCAGCCCAGUAGGCUAUGUGAAUACGUUUUAUGGGAGGAUUUGAAUUCAAACGCGCGCGAUAUUCAUCAAUAGAUAAUUCACGAGGCGGUUUCUCAGCGGUUUAGUCUAGUUGUUUGUAGUGAGUAUACUCUGAUUCGUGGUGAAGAGCCGGGUGGUGGAGGGAUGCCUGCUGUAGAGAGAAUGCGGGUAAGACAGUUGUGUCUAUUUGUAGUGCUUCUCACUGUAGCUGUUAAGGUAGAUGCUGAGAUUGCUGAUAGCGAACCAGCCGGGUGGAUUAUCUGAUCGUGCUCGUCCCGAAAUUUGUUCAUUCAACUUUAUUCAUGGAAGCACGUCGCGAUAUUUGGCGUGAGAUUUGUUUAGUUGGGCAGAGUGAGAGCGUGAGAGAGCCUGAAAGCGUUUGUGUACGAGCUUACAACUGAUGGAGAGGGUUGGAUGGCUUACCCCCCGUGUGGGCGUGGCCUAAAUGCGCUCUUGAAUCACUCUCGAGGUACUUUGAUGUCAUACGCCGAUAGAUUUGCGCAGCGCCGGAUUAAAGGGAUAGUUCAUCCUAAAAAAUACAAUUUGCUGUUUAUUUACUCACCCCCAGACCAUCUGAGAUGUAAGUG